AUCCAAGUCGUGGAUCUUCAAUCUUUUGAAGCCAGAGCAUCUUCCGCUUUGCCCACAAAGAAAGAAUUACACGGACCACAGAGCAAGAAACAGAAGGACAACAAGAAAGCUUUGACGCCAUAUUUAGAAAGACAGAAGUCGCAAUACCGUAGUACAAGGAAACAGUCCAGCCACAAGCAGCGAUAAUAGUGCAGCUACACUAUUUUGAUCUUCGUAUUCAUUAUUUGACAACAACAUAUCAUCACCAUGGUUUGGUUCUGGUUGGGAGCUCUUCCACUAUGCUUUGUCUUGUUUAGGCUACUUCGAUUGAUCCCUCGCUUUAUGAAAUGGCGCUCCAUACAGCAUAUUCCAGGUCCCAAGUGUGGCUUCUGGUUGGGACAAACCCCGGCUAUCAGGCGAGAACCUUUCAUGGUCCCACACAAGCAGUGGUCGGAAGAAGUGGGCCCUGAAGCCCGCAUUGUCCGCUACUCUCAAAUCAUGGGCCUGAACUCCUUGCUGAUUUUGGACAAGGAAAUCAUGAAGGAAAUACUGACUGCACCAGCAUCCAAGAAUGAUUGUAGAUUCAAGAAACCAUUCACCCUCUUUCCCAAUGUCAUAGGCUAUGGCCUGGUCACUUUGGAGGGAGAGGAAUGGGCCAGGCAUCGCCGAAUCAUCCAACCGGCAUUUUCUGUAUCAUUUCUCAAGGAGACAUUGAACAUCAGCGUUCCACCCAAGGUUCAAACAUUCAUUCGCUGCUGGUUGGAUGCUGGUCAGGGACAAGAAAUUGACCUGGCAUCUCAUCUUUCUGCCCUGACUUUGGAUAUCAUUGGAGAUGCAGGAUUCUCCUAUGAUACCAGUGGCCUCAAGGAUGUAGAAGCUUGGUCCACGGCAGUCCAAGAAGCCAAGCAAGCUGGGGACAAGAAUGACGCUACGAGUCUUCAGUCGCCUGAGUUGACUGAUCCUCUCAUCACAUCAUUCAUGGCAUUUUUCCAGCCAAGUCCCUUGCGUUUGUUCCUUUUCAUGACUGGCACUGCUUCUCUGGAUCCAUACAUUAAUCCAAAGACUGUCAACCUCAAAUCCGCCAUUAGUUCUACAGUUGAGGGGAUCAUCCAGAAUGCCAAGAACAUGAACCAACAACAAGAGACAGAAGAUGGUGUAUCGUCUUCAUCAUUGCCCAACACAUCGUCAUCAAAGUCGCUUCUCCGACUGCUGUUGAAGGCAAGAGAUGCAGAGGCAACUUCCAACAGCAAAAAUACUCUCUCAGACCAAGAAUUGAAAGAUGAGUUGAAGACUUUUCUAUUGGCUGGGCAUGAGACCACAUCAACAUGGUGUUACUGGGCACUCUACGCCAUGGCCAAACAUCCUGAUGUACAAGAUAAAAUCUUUCAAGAUGUCAUAAAGAACGUCAAGGACCCCAACAAUAAUGACUCUAAUGUAACCUUGGAAGAAUCAGAAAACAUGGAGUACUUGUCAGCAUUCCUGAAUGAGGUGCUGCGCAUGUACCCACCUGUGGGAAUGGUGGUCCGCCGCAACUGCUACGAAGAAACAAUUGCAGGCUACAAAAUUCCCAAGGACACCAAUUUGGUGAUUCCUGUGCACCUCCUCCACCGGAACCCCAAGUAUUGGCCGGAACCAGAAAUCUUCAAGCCCGAACGAUGGUUGGAAGGUGGUGAUGCAGGCGGUGGUGGCAUGGAUUCAAGAAACUUCACAUUUUUGCCAUUCGGUGCCGGUGGCCACAACUGCAUUGGGUACAAGUUUGCCACCUAUGAGGCCAAGAUGAUUGUGGCCCAAAUGGUGCGUGCUCUCAGGGUGGAGAUUGCUCCAUCCCAGCGCGAUGUGGAGCACACAUUCACCAACAUUGUCACCAUGAAAGCUAAACCCGGCUUGAAAAUUGUUUUCAAGGCCAGGUAAUAAUUGCACUCUCCUGGACCAGAUGUUUGGUGAUCAAACUGCGAGAUAAACAAACUAGGUUGAUCAAACUGCGAGAUGAACAAGCUAGGUUGCAUGUGCGUGAAGCAGAGAAAGAAUGACAGUCUUCUAAUAAAUGGACUAUUAUUGAGUCUGUGCUGGUUGUUCAAAGUCACA